GGAAGAGUAGAGGCGGAGGAGGAAUGCAAAGCUCCAUCCAGUGCUGAGAACAGGAGCAUUUGCGCAGAUAGUCUGCGCUUUCCUCAACAGACGCACAGCAUUUCAGCCGGGGAACUUUUGUUGUUGCUGUUGUUUUUGUUUUUAUUCGGUUUUUUUGUUUCGCUGUCGUGCAAUCCGCAAGCAAAGUGUCAGCAAUUCAAAAGCAGGGUAGCCAACCUCUGCUUACUGGUCUGCAUCGGGAAUUUAAUCAUGGUGAUCAAAGUGUACAUAGCAUCGUCCUCUGGAUCCACUACGAUUAAAAAGCAACAGCAGGAUGUAAUGGGCUUCCUGGCGGCCAACAAGAUCGAAUUCGAGGAGUGUGACAUUGCAGCCAACGAAGCCAACAGGAAGUGGAUGAGAGAGAAUGUUCCGGAGGAGUCCAGGCCGGCCACGGGGAACCCUCUCCCUCCACAGAUAUUUAACGAAAGCAAAUAUUGUGGGAACUAUGAAGCCUUCUUUGAUGCCAGAGAGGACAAUGCUGUUUAUGCAUUUCUGGGCCUGACUGCGCCCCCGGGCUCGAAGGAGGCCGAGGCUCUAAUGAAGAAAGAUCAGCAGUAGCAGCUUCACACCGUUUCUACCUGAGACCUCAGGCAUAGUCCUAAACCCAGACUUGGACUGACCUGGAACUGAUCCAGGAAUAAAAAAAGCAGCAUUUCACUCAGCUUAUGUGUACUUUUUUCAAUAUGUUUUUUUUUUUUUAAUUAAUCUGCGUUCAGCUGUGCCUUGUCAGCUGUAGUGAACGGAGGCCCCAAAGCAGAGCAUUAUGGGUAUCUACAAACAGCUCUGUUUCCUCCCAUUAACCUCAGCCUGCUAAGCCUAAUUGGCCUAAAGUCAAUCAAAUCAUUAGCAUGAACGAAGAGCAACAAAACAUCAGAACUUGUAACACAGAUUCAUGGUUGACCAUGAACGCCAUCCAUGUUGACAUUAACAUCACUUAUUUAAAUCAACAGAAUCUUUUGAGUCUUAUCUGUCAGAUCCUGAAAACAUUGAGUCAAAUGUUGUGCUUUUGCCAGUCAUGUCAUCGCCAAAGCUGCAGCACCUUCUGUAAAAGUUAUCACCUAUGAUCCCAUUCUCUGUGUUCUUAUUUACCUUAUAUUGUCUUAAUGCUGUUUUAAUAGCAGAUUUUUUUCUACGAGAUGAUAUAUGUUCAGAAAUAAUAAAACAUGCCAUAAUUAGAAUCUGCACACAUAGUGGGAUGUGACAUUUGAGUUUUGUUUGUUGCUGUUCUUGUUGUUGUUUUGAAGGGAGGUGGACAGCUGUUUUUGUUUUGCCAUACGCAUCCUGUUUCACAUUGUGUUGGUAAUCCCCAUCUUGCAUAACUUGAUAUCUUCCCUAAAAUAAAAUAAAAAUAAGACUGCAAGAAAAAGUA